GUUUCACAUCAAGUAUGAAUCAUAGCAAAGACAAAACAACAGUGGAUUUGCCUCCUAUAAUAAGCUAAAGAAGACAAGAACUACUCUGUGAGAUAGAGAUGAGGCUACUCUCGAAGUGUGUGGCUCAUUGGUGUCCACGACCACUUCAUAUCCACAUUUAUAACUGAAGCCCUGACUUUUUGGGGCCAAGCUGCCCAGUGUUCAAUUAAUUUGGGGUGUUUUAGACUCCUAUUUAAUGGCGUCGAUGUCAACUAGAUUUGUUGUUAGAGAUGGUGCUAAUUUACAUACUUCGCGUACUAUCUACACAAACACUUCAAUUUCUUCUAGGAGGCUGCAGGCUCAUCUGGAUCUCAUGGGUGUUUUUUCAGUGCCCAGGAAUGCCAAAAGUUUGGCAAUCAAAAACAAGCCUCGAAGUCCCACUGUCUACCUUUCAGCCCCUUUCUCGAUCAUUCAACGUUCAAGGAACUCCCAAGUUUUGUGCAAGACUGCUGCUAAUGUGUCUGGCGAUAUUCCCAGUAACACUUCUAGUGGGAUGAGUCAGUAUGAGAAAAUAAUUGAAACUUUGACCACUCUUUUUCCUGUCUGGGUCAUACUGGGCACCAUAGUCGGAAUCUACAAGCCUGCUGCGGUAACUUGGCUGGAGACAGACCUUUUCACUCUCGGUCUGGGUUUCCUUAUGCUAUCAAUGGGGCUGACAUUGACCUUUGAGGAUUUUAGACGAUGCUUGCGGAAUCCAUGGACUGUGGGUGUAGGAUUUCUUGCUCAGUAUUUAAUCAAACCAAUGUUAGGCUUUGUCAUUGCAAUGUCCCUAAAACUUUCUGCACCGCUUGCAACUGGACUUAUUUUGGUUUCAUGCUGCCCUGGUGGUCAGGCUUCAAAUGUUGCAACCUAUAUCUCAAAGGGAAAUGUAGCACUUUCUGUCCUUAUGACAACUUGUUCAACUAUUGGAGCAAUAGUCAUGACUCCACUCCUUACUAAGCUACUUGCUGGUCAGCUUGUUCCAGUUGAUGCUGCAGGACUGGCUAUUAGCACAUUUCAAGUGGUGUUAGUGCCAACAAUCAUUGGAGUGUUGUCAAAUGAAUUCUUCCCCAAGUUCACUGAAAAAAUUAUCACUGUGACACCCUUAAUUGGAGUUAUUCUUACCACCUUACUUUGUGCAAGCCCUAUUGGGCAAGUUUCUGAGGUCUUGAAAACUCAAGGUGCACAACUAAUUUUCCCGGUGGCUAUCCUACAUGCUGCUGCAUUUGCUCUCGGUUAUUGGGUUUCAAAAAUAUCAUUUGGUGAAUCCACUUCUCGUACCAUAUCCAUUGAAUGUGGGAUGCAGAGUUCUGCACUUGGAUUUCUUCUAGCUCAGAAGCAUUUUACAAACCCCCUUGUGGCUGUCCCUUCUGCAGUUAGUGUUGUCUGCAUGGCGCUUGGUGGUAGUGCUCUCGCAGUCUUUUGGAGGAAUCGGCCUAUCCCAGUGGAUGACAAAGACGACUUCAAGGAAUGAAAUCCCUGGUGUAUAAUGUUUUCUACUGAGUUUUUGUUUGCCUUUACAAUGAAAACACUUCUGGUUUAGUUCUAAGUGGUGGUAAGAGUUCUGGAUUCAAGUAGGUAAUCCAUCUUUUGCUCAUAGGAAUAGCCUGAAAAAAUGUGGUAAUUGAAAGAUAGAGAAACUAUAAACAAUAAUGUAGAGUCUUGUUUAUUCUUUGGUUUUUUGCUUCCUAAAAUUUCCUCUUGAUUAUGGGCAAUUUCAAAUUAUAUUCUUUGCAAAGGAUUUGAUUAUUUGGUAAGAAAAAUUUAAGUGGGUGGUGGCCUAUCA